CGUGUUUACUGCGACUUGACUUGUGUACUUGGAAGCGGGAGCGAGUUUUUGGAGCGGGCACUGUGAAAUGUGGAUAAUCAGGAUAAUCAGCGGCCAGCAGCAGCAGCAGCAUAGGCGGAGACAAGAACGCUCACACUACUCCAGCUGAAGGAGGCCCAACGCCUGAUGUGUGGCCGCAGCGAAGGCCCGAGCGGGUUCUGAGGAAACAUGGGCGUGCUCCAGCUCCACAACCCAGCUCAUCCCGACACGUUGCUACAGCGGGCCAACCAGAUGCGUUUGGCAGGUACCUUGUGCGACGUUAUCAUCACGGUGGAUGGCCAUGAGUUCCCAGCACACCGCACCGUCCUUGCGUGCACCAGCAAGAUGUUCGAGAUCCUUUUCCACCGCAGCAGCCUCCGUUACGCCCUGGACUUUCUGUCACCCAAAACCUUCCAGCAGAUUCUGGAGUACGCAUACACCGCCUCACUGCAGGCCACAGCCGAAGACUUGGAUGACCUGCUAUACGCGGCGGAGAUCCUGGAGAUCGAGUUUUUGGAGGAGCAGUGUCUGAAGGUGCUGGAGACCAUCCAGGCCGAGGAGAGCGAGGACACGCUGGUGCGGAAGCACGUUGGCGGAGACCACACCAACCUCGGUCGGGCCAGACAUUGGCGGCACCUGAUGUCCAAGAAGAAUUCCAUCCAGGCCGGACCCCCACGCACUACUCCUACUGCUCUGCAUCACCUCGCGUUGUAUCAUAUGACAGACAGGAGUCCGUCUGGGACAGACCUAAAUGUACCUCCUGAACUGAGUCCCAAGCUGGACAUGAACAUGGAAAUUUCCCAGCAGCUGGAGCAGGGUAGUGCAGAGGCGCCCACCUUGGAACCUGUUGACGGUAUCAAGUUGGAAAGCAUGCAGGUGGAUGAAGCGGACUGUUGUGAGGGGCGCUCGUCCGGAAGCUGCGCUUCAGAUCCGAGCCGGGACGAGGGCCCAGGGACGCCUUUGAGAAGCAGCGUAAUAACAAGCACCCGGGAGCUGCACACCAGCCCCGAUGAAAGCGUGGUGGGGAGCUCUCUGGACUGUUUCCCCGGCAUACCCGAGAAGCACCUAGCAUCCAUUUAUUCAGUUGCCCCCAAACACGCGGGGGAGGCAAUGACCCACGUGUCUUUGGCCCCAACCCUGGGGGUUCCGCUGGACCCACGAGCCUACAGCGGCCUCUUGCACCAGGGCCUUCUGCACCGGGAGCUCCUUAGCAGACUUGGUCAGUUUGCAGUGGGCAUAAGGCACGAGGGGUCCAUUCAGGGGCCGCAGUGUUGUGGCGAGUGCGGUCUGCAGCUCCACAGUCGGCAGGCCAUGGAGCAGCACAGGAGGCUGCAUGAUGAUGAGAAGGGCCACGGCUGUGAAUUCUGUGGCAAACACUUUCAGGACAGCAUGCGGCUGCGGAUGCACAUGUUGUCUCACACAGCUCCUGCCGAGGCUCUGGUGUGUGAUCAGUGCGGAGCCACAUUCUCCUCUGAGGAAGCGCUGGAUGCCCACCGACUAACACACACAGGGACUGACAUGGCAGUGUUCUGUCUGCUGUGUGCAAAGCGCUUCCAGACCCAGAAGGCCCUGCAGCAGCACAUGGAGGUCCACGCAGGCAUGCACAGCUACAUCUGCAGCCACUGUGAGCGCCCAUUCCCCAGCCACACCACCCUCAAAAGACACUUACGCUCACACACAGGCGAUCACCCAUUCGAGUGCGAGUUCUGUGGGAGCUGCUUCCGAGACGAUGGCACCCUGAGGGGUCACAAACGCAUCCACACGGGAGAGAAGCCCUACGAGUGCAACAGCUGCGGGAAACGCUUUAGCCUCAAACACCAGCUCGAGACGCACUACCGUGUACAUACAGGUGAAAAACCAUUUGAGUGUAAGCUGUGUCACCAACGGUCUAGAGACUACUCGGCUAUGAUCAAGCACCUGCGUACGCACAAUGGCGCGUCUCCGUACCAGUGCACCAUCUGCCAGGACUUUUGCCCAAGCCUGGCCGCCAUGCAGAAGCACAUGAAAGGUCACAAACCGGAGGAGGUGCCGGCCGACUGGAGGAUAGAAAAAACUUAUCUGUACGUCUGUUAUGUCUGAGCAGGUCUUGGAAAUGCAAAGUAAAGAGGCGUCGUUCUAUGAGAUGCAACCUGCUAUUGCUGAAACAAACAAUGACCUAAUUUUAUUUGUGACAUGACUUGUGCCAUUUAAUGAUAAAGUUGAAUGACUAUAUGAGUCUUUAGAACACAAAUGUUAAAACUGUGAAAAUGUUUAAAAUGUGGGAAAAAGACAACAUAAGCUGUCACCGGCUGACUGGCACACUUGUUUCAGUUGAGACCCAAAGAGUCUGAAAGUUAAAGUAUUCCUUUUUUUAACCACACUUUAUGUUAUUCCACACAGAAGUGGUGGGUGACAAGUUUACAGAAGAACAAUUUCAUAAAAAUGGGAGCUUUUGCUUCUUUUAAUUUCUUUUUUUGUAGAUUUUUCAAGAUUUCAAGUCACACGAAGUUGCAAAAACGCAAAGAACAGAGAAUCGGAGAAGAAUAGUCAUUUCUGCUGGUUCAAAACGUCCACUUUAAUUUUGCUUGAGAAAAAAAAGCUGUGAGUGACAACUUUUCUGGGGAGAAAAAAAGACCCAUACAGAGAAUGAAAUCAUUUGAUGCUUGAUUGUUGCUUUGGCAUCCAAAAAACUCAAAAACAGUAGUGGUGAAAAAAUGUACUAAUCAGUGAUGACAAGCAUAAUCGCUUAACCUCUAGCUCUUGCCUUGUUAAACUGUCAAUUAAUUUAAGAAUUAAAUUCAGUUUAGACUGAAGAAUAAUUGCUGAAGGUCACAGUUUUGUGGUAGCAGUUUUCUGGGCUUGAAGAUAUUUCGGAAUGGCUGCCUUGAUUAAAAACCUUAAACAAAAGGUUUUUAACUGCAAUUAUUCCACAAAGAAAUAAUUGGCCAGGCCAUGGUCUCCCUCUUCUGUAAGUUGUUUUUCCUUGCUGUUGUUAAUUUUUUAAAUUUUAGUUUAAAGCCGCGUUUUACUUGAAUGGCUGCCACGUUUUUGACCUCAAAAAGCGUGAUCUGUUUAAUCUUCUCUUCUUAUGGCGGGAUUUUUCAUCGGCUUUGAGGUAGCAGGCUUCUAUUCAAUUCAGUGUGCCGGUAAUUGUUUUUCCUAUUUAUGUUGUUAGUUACCAAAUGUCCUGAUUAUUGCACCAUUUCCCGAAAUUUUUGACAAGCAAUGUUUAUACAUCUGUGGUCUCCAUUUUCUCACAAUUAGUACCACUAUUUCAAUGGUCAAACAGUGUAAGAAAAAAAUGUAAAGAGCCUCAAUAAGGCUUUGAUGUGUUUUUUUAAUCAUCGUCUAUAAUUAGAUGUCUUAUAAAUCACAGAACUCACAAAAAUAGAACAUUAAAAGCUGUGCUUUUUUGUGCGUGUAUUUUUUUUUU